ACAUCAACUGCCUCAUAUAUGUUGCUUUUGCCUAAAGCCUUCCUCAUUCAGCUCCAAUCUAUUUCUGAUCAUGGAGCUAAUCAAUCGUAUCUGUACGGUCAAUCUGCAGGGGGAGUGACAUCUAUGGAUGACUUCUUGGAGGAGUUCUUCCCUGCGGUCUUUGAGAGGAAGCACAAAGCCAAGGAAGACAACUAUUGCAAGUUUGAUAACCAAAACCUUCAGCUUUUCACUUCAUCAUUGUACCUUGCUGCCUUGGUAGCCAGCUUCGUAGCUUCGAAGAUUUGCACGAAACAUGGCCGGAAGCUCACUAUGCAAGCAGCAUCAAUAUUCUUCUUGGUUGGUGUCAUCCUGAACGCAGCUGCUGUGAACAUUGCCAUGCUGAUCAUCGGAAGGAUUCUCCUCGGAGUUGGUGUUGGAUUUGCCAAUCAGGCAGUUCCUCUAUUCUUGUCGGAGAUCGCACCAGUUCACGUCCGUGGAGCCUUAAACAUCCUCUUCCAACUUGACGUGACCAUCGGGAUCUUUGUGGCGAACAUUGUAAACUACUUGGUGUCCAAUAUCCACCCCUGGGGGUGGAGACUUGCGCUUGGCUUGGCUGGAGUGCCGGCGAUGAUGCUUUGCUUGGGCUCCAUGGUGAUUGCGGAGACCCCGACGAGCCUCAUCGAGCGUGAGAUGCUUAUGGAAGGCUUGGCCAUGUUGAAGAAGAUCCGGGGGACCGACAAUGUCGAUGCAGAGUACGAGGAAAUACUACACGCCUGCGAGAUGGCACGACAGGUGAAGCAACCUUUCAAGAAUCUCAUGAAGAGAAGUAGCCGACCGCAAUUGGUUAUUGCCAUCGUGAUGCAAGUCUUCCAGCAGUUCACUGGGAUCAACGCCAUCAUGUUCUAUGCACCAGUCCUCUUUCAGACCAUCGGAUUUAAGAAUGAUGCUUCACUUCUUUCUGCGGUCAUCACGGGGAUCGUCAAUGUUCUGUCUACCGUCGUAUCAGUGGUCUUAGUGGACAAAGUCGGGAGGAGAUUCCUGCUUCUUGAAGCUUGUGGCCAGAUGUUGAUCACACAGGUGGCUAUUGGAGGCAUUUUGCUUGUGAAUUUGAAAGCAACCAAUGAGCUGGGACACGGAGUGGCAGUUUGGGUGGUGGUGCUCGUGUGCCUAUUCGUUUCGAGCUUUGCUUGGUCUUGGGGUCCACUUGGCUGGUUGAUUCCUAGUGAAACUUUCCCCCUGGCGACGAGGACCGCCGGCUAUGCCUUUGCCGUCAGCUCAAACAUGCUUUUCACUUUUGUCAUUGCCCAAGCUUUCCUAUCUAUGAUGUGUCAUCUACGUGCCGGGAUCUUCUUCUUCUUUGGUGCAUGGAUUGUGGUGAUGGGUCUGUUCGUCAUCUUCUUAUUGCCCGAGACCAAGAACGUGCCGAUCGAUGAAAUGACCGAGAAGGUUUGGAAGCAACAUUGGUUCUGGAAGAGAUUCAUGGAUGAGGAAGAAGACAAAAAACACUCCGUCUAAGACUCGAUGAUUUGUGUUUACCUUGAGGAUGUCGGGGCUAACCUCGUCAACAUGAUCUUUAUAUCGAGUUCAUUAUUUAAUGCUUUUAUUGAUAUAUAAUCUUCACUUUUGAAUAGUAAUAUUGUAAGAAUAUGAGGUUAUCAUUUUGUUU